AUGAGAACUCCGGAUUGGCCUCACAUCAGGAAAUUGAGGUUGGCGGACAAUGAUUUUUUGACACCAAGACCAGUCGAUUUAAUCAUUGGAGCGGAUUUCUACGGAAGGAUCAUCAAGCCAAAUAUCAUCAAGGGCUCACCAACAACACCAAUUGCUCAACUUUCCAUAUUUGGAUGGCUCGUCAUUGGCUCAGUCAACGAAUCACAUUCAAACACUCAUUAUUCACAUUUUGCAGUUGCUCAAGACGACCAGAGCAAUCUGCAAGGGCUGCUCACCAAAUUCUGGGUUCAAGAGGAGUCACCAAUGGACAUUCCAAGCACGCUCACUCCGGAGGAAGAAGAAUGCGAAUCACAUUUCUGUGCGACUCACGCUCGUGAUCACACAGGAAGGUACAUCGUUCGCAUUCCACUCAAGGCACCAGCAUCGCUCUUAGGCAAUUCACACAAGAUUGCUCAAAGAUGUCUACAAAGCACUUUACGACGACUCUCCAAGGAUUCAACAUACAACCAGCUCUACGUCGAGUUCAUGAAAGAGUACGAAGAAUUAGGACACAUGGUAAAGGCUCCAGAUCACCAAAGAAUUUCAUCAAGUGAGACUGAGAACGUUGGGCCUGGUGGGGAGAUGACCUUGGCACAUGAUGCUUCGGCAUCAGGAGGGUUGAGGGUCUCUUCUGACAGUUCAACACCUCAGACCUCUGCUCAUCUUCAACCAUAUUAUUUGCCUCACCAUGGAAUUCUACGUCUCGACAGCUCAACAACGAAACUCAGGGUUGUAUUCAACGGAUCAAAAGCUACGACAUCAGGCUAA